AUGAAAUUGAUCCAUGUGCUUGCGGCCGUGACAAGCGUUCAGGCUUGCCAGAAGGAGAUAAUCGCCAGGCAUCCACAUCGGCAUUCGAAACGACAAGACACGAAUGUCACCUUCCCACCGGUAUUGGAUCACAAUGAACAAAUCAUCGUGAAUUCGUUCGAUAACACAACAAUUUCGACCUGGUCCUACUAUUACGGUAAGCACGGAGCUCAUCUUGCUGGAACGAAUGAAACCGUAGCCCAGUGGACGGCCGACCGAUGGGCUGAGAAUGGGUUUACAUCAAGACUUGACGAAUACUAUGUCUUUCUCAAUUACCCAGUUUCGCAUUCACUGACCCUUACCUAUGCAAAUGGCAGCACGUGGGAAGCGUCUCUGGAAGAAGCAGUAUUGGCGGCAGACGAUACGACGAGCUAUCCAAACCGGAUACCGACCUUCCACGGUUAUUCACCGACGGGCAACGCCUCAGCUGAGUAUAUCUACGUCGGAAGAGGGCAGCAGGUAGACUUUGAGCGCUUGAAAGAGCUUGGUGUCGAGCUUGAGGGGAAAAUUGCUCUGGCUAAAUACGGCGGACCCUUCCGAGGGUUGAAAGUCAAAAACGCCCAGGACAACGGAAUGAUCGGCGUUAUUACUUUCACGGAUCCUGGGGACGAUGGCAACAUCACUGAAGCCAACGGCUAUGCUGCUUAUCCAGACGGCCCAGCCCGCAACCCUACUUCAGUGCAGAGAGGAAGUGUACAAUUCCUUAGCACUUACCCUGGCGAUCCUACUACUCCUGGAUACGCGUCGAAGAAGGAUUCUCCCCGCGCAGACACAAGCAUCAACCUGCCCUAUAUUCCUUCUCUACCUGUUUCCUGGUUGGAGGCCCAGCCACUCCUGCAGGCAUUGAACGGUCACGGUACCAGUGGUGAGGAGGUGAAUCGUACGAAGUGGGUUGGCGCAAUUCCAGGCGCCGACUACAGCACGGGUGUAGGCUCUGGCGCGAGUCUGUCCCUCUCCAAUGUCAUGAAAGAGAAUUACACCACCAUCUGGGACGCCAUCGGCAUUAUCAACGGCACCAACCCAGACGAGGUCGUUAUCCUUGGUAACCAUCGAGACGCCUGGAUCGUGGGCGGAGCUUCAGAUCCCAACUCCGGCUCAGCAGUGUUGGUCGAACUCUCCAAGGCCUUUGGAAAAUUGCUGCAAACUGGCUGGAAGCCUACCCGCACUAUCAUUCUUGCUUCCUGGGACGCCGAAGAAUACGGCUCCAUCGGUAGCACAGAGUGGGUCGAGGAGUACAUCCCGUGGCUCAAGACUGCCGCGGUGUCCUACCUCAACGUCGACAUUGCAGUCUCCGGUCCCUACCCCUACACAGAUGCGACCCCCGAUCUGCACCAGCUCGCCAUGUCCGUCAUGAAGAAAGUAAUCUACCCUAUCCCUGGCUCCGCCUCGCAAACCCUAUACGACGUCUGGCAGAACGUCUCCGGCGAAUUCGGCGUCCUCGGCGCUGGCUCCGACUUCGUCCCCUUCGUGCACACGGGCGGUAUCGCGUCUCUCGACCUCGGCGCCGGCGGCGGCGCUACAGACCCCAUCUACCACUACCACUCCAACUACGACACCUACCACUGGAUGUCUGUGUUUGGCGACCCAGGCUUCCACACGCACAAGGCUAUCGGGCAGUACAUUGCGCUUCUCGCGUACCACCUCUCUUCCGACGCCGUCCUGCCCCUCGAGCCCGCGGACUACGUCCCGGAGCUGGAAUCCUACCUCUCGGAUCUAAACGACACCAUCGCUGAGGCGAACGCUACCAUCGAUCUCUCUGCCCUAUCCUCCGCGAUAUCCACUUUCGCCUCCGCGGCGCAGGAAUUCAACGCGCUUCGCUCGCAGGCCGUACUUACCAACGACACGGGGCUUAUUUCAGUCGUGAACCACAAGGCGCGCGACUUCUCUCGGGGCUUCGUCAGCCAGGGCGGUUUGGCCGGCAGAGAGUACUACAAGAAUCUGCUCUUUGCACCGGGCCUAGAUACAGGGUAUGCGCCUGUUACGUUCCCAGGGGUGACGGAGAGCGUGACGUUUGCGAAGGAUUUUGAGGCGGCGCAGGAGUGGGUCGGGAAGACGGCGGAUGCGGUAUUGGUGGCAGCGGGGAUUUUGAAAACGUAGAGUGGGAUGAAUUGGGUGCGUCGCUGCGAUUGAGUGGUGUAUGUAUGUAGAAGCUGAAUCAGUAGGGGCUUCUGCCCAAAUUGCUACGGUG